CUCCGCCAGGGCCCAGGGGAGGCGUUCGUCCCGGGGCACGCCGAGCUCCCUGUUCCACUUCCACCGUUCCCCAAUUUCGUGGCCUCUCCUUGCGCCAUCCGAACACGCCCCGACGAGGUCCGAUCCAAUCCACCGCGGCUGCGCCUGUCCUUCUCCCUCGGCGCGCAGCCGCCAAUCGAUUCCGUCAGAUUCAGCUGGUUGAACAAAACCAGUAAAGAUGGCAUCAGAAGGGAACAAAGAUGUACCUAAUGAAGCUCUGUCCAUGGAGCAGUCAUCAACUUCUGGUGCAAAGCGCAAACGUGGUCGCCCAAGGAAAUACGAGUACCCUGUAUAUGAUGUACCACAAAAGGCACAACCCAUUCAGAGCGUCCCACCUCUUCGUUGCACACAAGAUGGCUUGAGUAUUCGACAGGAUGGGCUGCAGUCCAGCCUUACAUCAGGUGACCGUGUUCAUGGUAAUCGGUCCGGUCGACCUAGGAAUUCUGCUAACAAGAUGAAGAAUUCUGACAACCAAGCAUCCUAUCAUAGCAGUGCUCUGCAAGAUAAUUCAGGCAAGGAUGAUGUUCUUGGCAAGCAUUUUGUUGGCAAGCUGACAAAGAAAAUUCCUGGAUUUUCCCUCAUUACGGUAAAAGUGAAGGACAAUCAGGUGCUCAAAGGUUGGGUUCCAGAUGAAAAUAAUCUCCGCCAAAUAACACCUAAGGAUGACCUUGCCCCAGAGCUCCCCAUGCUUCGACCAAGUCAGGUUCGAAAGCGAGCAUCAGCAAUCCACAUGCAAGCAGCUCCUCCUGUGCCAAUCCACUUGGAGGAUGUUACACUUGCAAAGCCUCUGCAAAUGAGGCGGCCUGCUGAGAAAAUUAUUGCUAAGCACACUGCCCCUCUUCCUCCAAGGCCGUACAUCGGUUCUGCUGUUUUAGCAGCAAUUCCUGUAUCAAUUUCACCCAGUAAUCCUGAAAUGAGAACUUUGGCCAAGCAUGAUACUGAACUUGUGAUCCCACAAUCAUCAGUUGCUGCGGUGCCAAUUAAAUCCGCUCGUCCUGUAUUGGUACCAUGCAAACAAGUGGAAAAUGAACUUGCUGGAAAGAAGUCUGUAAAUGAGUUUCAGAAAGAUUCUGAAUCUUCAAAUGAAACUAAGGAUUCAUCAGUGAUAAUUGAUAAACCAAACACUGCUCUUGUGGACAUAGCAGUCAAGGAUUCUCCAGAGGAAAGGCAACUGCUUAAUGUUCAAGUAACUGAUGUGGUUAAGGAAUCUUCUGGCCAAACUCGGAAUGUUGAUGUAAGAAUGACUGAUGAGAUCAAGAUAACAUCAGGCACCGCAGAUCAGCCAGAUUCUGCAAAAAGUGAGCAGCAGAGUUCUAAGGAGCCAUCAGACAUUACAGAACAAUCUGAGCAGCUGAAGACAGAGACCGUUGUCCUGAAAGGAGUUGAUGGCUUAAAGUCAGGCACCUCAGAUGACGUUCACCCCGCGCAUGAUGAACACGAAAUGAAGGUUGACAGCAACUGAAAGCAGAGAUGAAGAUUCAAGAAAUGCAACACAGUUCCUGUUGUUUGGUGGAAGCUUGCAGUCUGGAAUCUCAAUGGGGGUGGGGAGCUGAAGUUUUAGCGAAUGGCUCAAUGCUUUAGGUGUAGACUCCUAUUACAAUUUAGUUUUGUUGCUCUCCAGUUAUAGGUGAGAGAUUGAGUAGAGAUGCAAACCAAAGAAAAUAUUCAAUAGAGUUGCUAUUAGGAAAAAAAAUACUCGAUAGACUUAGCAUAUUUAGGAAAGUUAAACGUCAGAAUCUUCAGUUUUUUAAUGUACACAUUAUCUUGUAUCAUGGCUUAUGACAUUUAAGCAUUAUCCUCAGGCAUCAGGAAUACUGAUUAUAAAGACAAUUGGAAAGUGCCA